AUGCGUUCUUCGGUAUAUAGUGAGAACACUUACAACUGUAUACGAACAUCGAAGGAGCACCUAACAGAAAGAAGGAGGGUCGCCAUGGCGCCAAUGUUCCAACAUUUCUUAAACUUAUGCGUGGAAAAAUUUCCUGAAUCCAUCGAGCACAAGGAUACAGAUGGAAACGGUAACUUCACCACCGCUAUUUUAGAAAGGGAGAUUAUCUACAUCCCCGAAGAUGACACUGACAGUAUUGACAGCGUUGACAGCCUCAAGUGUAUAAACUACAAGCUGCACAAAUCUCGCGGCGACCAAGUGCUGGACGCCUGUGUGCAAUUGAUAGACAAGCACCUGGGCGCCAAGUAUCGCCGGGCCUCGCGCAUUAUGUACGGCAACAGGAAACCAUGGAAGGCAAACAAACUCGCAGAGAUGAAAAGCGCCGGCCUUGUGUAUGUCUGUUACUGGGACAACGGCGUGCUAGGUGCAUUUACUUCAUUCAUGCUUACAGAGGAGACGGGUCUCGUCGAAGGUGACGCUUUACACGAGGUUAGCGUGCCCGUGAUAUACCUUUACGAAGUACAUGUAGCUAGCGCGCACCGCGGGCAUGGAAUCGGUCGGCGGCUACUGGAGCAUGCACUGUGCGAUGGCGUAGCUCGACACACCCGCCGCAUGUGCGACAAUUUCUUCGGUGUAGCACUCACCGUAUUCAGUGAUAACACUCGGGCCCGGCGACUAUAUGAGGCGCUUGGGUUCUACCGCGCUCCGGGAUCACCCGCACCAGCAUCACCCACAAUUCGUCACACGCGACAUGGUGGGGGACGUGUAGUCGUGCCCUGCGAUCCGCUUUAUUACGUAUAUUGCCUUCACAUGCCGUGA